AUGAAGUGGACCAACGCCCUCGUUUUUGCCACCACCGCCUCGGCCGCCGCUAUCCACGGCCAGGGCGUGAAUUUCGACAUCCUCAAACAGGUCGACACCACGCUGCAGGAAAUCAUCACCAUGCUCAACAAGGAAAACCCUGCGCCGACGCAAUCCAUAAACGGAGUCUUCUUCCACUCCAGAUUGACCCCGCUCGCCGACGCCGUUCGAGCGGAGGCUCACAAGAUUGAUCAACUUGGCGAGGCUUUUUCCGAGGAGGACGGAGGCCGUCUUUAUGCGCCUGCCAACAAGUUCCCAAACUUAGCCGUCGCUCUUGAUUCCGCCUUGAAAGGUAACGGCAUCACGGCCCAGCUUGCCGAGCAUGGCGGUUGCGACAUUGCAGGUUACAUAUUUUCCCUUCAAGCCUCUUUGAUCGACUUGUCAUUUCUAUCACAUCGCAUCUUGGAUAGAAUCAGCUCGUAUGCCGGUGAUGCUGGUUUCGACAACCUUCGGUCCUUUACCCGUUCCCUGGACAAAACAGGUACAAUGUUCAAGGGUUGUUAA